AUGCAACCAGCAAACAACGGUGACCCUCAGAAUCCCGACUUUGACGCUGCCAAUCUUGAGCAGCAUUUGUUUUACGAUUUUCGAAAUGGACCACCAAAUCGGCGCUGGAGUUUCAGCGACUCGUCGCUUCCGGGCAUGCCGAUCACUGACAUGCCGAUACCCGUGACGACGGCGACUGGUGCCGUUGUUGCCGGUGGAACGCUUGACGCGAGCCUCGCUGCGUCUGCUGCUGCUGCCGCCUCCUCGCAAAUGCCCGCCUCUUACUACCAUAAUCUCGGCCAGCUCGUGCAUAACCAUUUACAUAUGUCGAACCGCGAAAUAUCGGAUUUUGAUUGUGUUGCGGCCGCUUCAGCCGCCGUCACCUCAGCGGCACCCGUCGCUCCACCACCAGUAGCGGAAAGCGUUUUCAAUCCGGAACCAGCGAUGUGCCGACAGCCGAUUAAUCGCUUCCAUCAUCAUCCAUAUGCCGAUCAUGGAGGUUUGUUCGACAAUGAAUUAUUUGGCAAUAAGGCGCGGUCUGUCUCAGCGCCAACUGUUGGUAAUCAUGCUGCAAAUAUGGAGAUGGGCGCUCGCCGCCGAUUCCGCACCAACUUCACCGAGCAUCAAGCAAUGUUUCUGGAGGACGCAUUCAGAGAGUCGCACUAUCCGGACCACAAAUCGAAAAAGGACAUGGCUACAUGCCUUAACAUUCCGGAGGAUCGAAUUACGGUUUGGUUUCAAAACCGACGCGCAAAAUGGAGAAGGAAGGAGAUGCGCGAGAAGGAACGCUCCCGCGGGGAUUUUCAAGCAUCCUCCUGCUCUUUUGACUAUUCCCCAUUUGGAGGUCCUUCCGAAACUCAAAUGUCUGUCCCAAACAUUCCAAUGAUGACAGGAUUCGCGGACCAUCAAGUGAUGCCUGACUACCCAAUGAAAACCAAAUCUCCACCAUAUCAAUCCUCGCCGGGAAACUGA